UUUAUUUACUUAUUAAUGGACGGUUGUGAUUUGGUGUUGAGUACAGGUAGGGCCCCAUUUUGGGCUUCUGAAAAAUGCAGAAAAGAACCCAGAAAGGUUUUGAAAGGUUGGACCUUUGAGAUGGGGGAGAGGAACCGAAAUGGAAAACGACCCGCCGUUUGUGAGGAGUCUAAGGGGUUCUGCUUGAGGAUUCAGAGUCGUGAGGAUCUCAAAGAUGGGAAGAAGGAACUUCCUCCGGCAGCUGUGAGGAAGUAUGGAGAUCAAAUGGCAGACCAUAUAUUCCUGAAGGUUCCCAAUGGUGGAAAACAUUGGAAAAUAGAAUUGAGAACAUCACCUCGUCGUGACCGGAUGUGGUUAGAAAAGGGAUGGGAAGAGUUUGCUAGCUUUUAUUUACUGGACCAAGGCGACUUGGCAACCUUCAGCUCUGAAGGUGAACAUGCCCAUUUCCAAAUACGCAUCUUUAGUUGGGACGAUAUGGAAAUAUAUUACCCUAUUCGUGGAGGAGGACUUGAUGUCAGCGGACCAAAAAGGAAAGAAACUAGAGUUGAAGCUGAAGCUGAAGCUAGAGCCAUUUCAAUUUCCCCCAGAUCCUCUGCUGAUGAACACCAAUAUGAUAUUUCCAAAGUGAGCAGUUUCAGAUCUGACAAGCCAUGUCUUAAUGUCCAAAUCACAGCUACAUCCUUAACCAAUCGUGUGUUCAUAAAUCCAGAAUUUGCGUUGGAACAUUUCUGUAAAGAAGGCUCUUGUUGUGACUUGUCCUUACAGAAUACUCUAGGUGACAGGAUUUGGACGGUUCAGUGCAUUUCUUACACAAUAAGUGAUGGAAGAAUGCGAACAGUAAUAUCAGGAGCUGGUUGGAAAUCCUUUAGGCAGGACAAUCAUCUAGAAGAGGGUGACGUCCUAGUGUUGGAGUUGAUAGAGGAACGUAGGUGCAGAGUUUCGAUAAUCCGGGCGCAAAAGUGAAGAUUCCUAGCAUUUGAAUUGCUCAUGGUUCCACAACAUACUCUUUUGAGGUCAGAUUUGAGGAACAGUCGAGUAUCAACUGAAAGAAGGAUUAGUGAUAGAUGGAGUUGAGAGAAGUAUUGGGGUGUAUGUAAAAAUGAGUUCUGGGAAGCAUUCUUCUCAUCCAGAACUCCAGUAGAAAGAAAGACCUUGUGAGAUAGGCUUCGUUUGGCUUUAAGAUAUGGAGAUCAGUGCAUCGAUUCAAUUGUAUACACUUUCAGAACAGGUUUUUCUUUCUUUUGUGAUAAAAGUGCAUCGAUUCAAUUGUAUACACUUUCAGAACAGGUUUUUCUUUCUUUUGUGAUAAAACCUGAGAAAGAAGUGAUCGAUUCAUUCAUGUCUAUUCUUUCAACAUGUAAAAUCCCUAUAGAACUUGUGAGACUUCAUUUUCAUCAAAUCAAACAUCUUGCUUGAG